AUGAUCAAAUUAGGGCUGACUAAAACCGCUCCUGAAGUGCAUGAUGAGUGGAGCAUGAGGCGCGAGAAGGCUCAGAUGCCCGCGGCCGACGGCUCUACCAUGGAACAUUACUACUCCACGCAAGUAGGCAAGAAAACUGACGGGUUCCUGACUAGAAUGCUGGCAAAGGGCAUGGAGACUCCGGAGGAAAACAGAAUCAAGCAGGAAGCGAGAUUAAAACAGCAGGUUGCUCUCGCUGAUGCGAAUCUGGACAUCUGGAAUCGUCCUUCCUACUCCGGCAUUCAAAUUGUCGACCGAGUGAGACCACACAAUUGGCGCGGCCUGGGUAUCGGUGACAAAGAUUGA